AUGAAUUCUGCUUCUCCGCUCAGCUGGGACGUGGUGGGGAAAAAUCUCUUUGCCAUGGCCGUCGAGGGCUUCGUCUUUUUCUUCUUCACCAUCUUGGUGCAGUACAGAUUCUUCCUCCGCUUCCGGCCUUCACCUCUCGACCUCCCUCCACUGGGCGAGGAGGAUGAGGACGUGGCCAAAGAACGGAAGAGGAUUCUGAUUGGCAAGCACCGGGAGGACAUUGUGGUGCUCCACGACCUGACAAAGGUGACGCCACUGGUGGUGGUCUUGGCAUGCUUUGGCCUUCUGGGUGUGAACGGUGCCGGAAAGACAACAACUUUCAAAAUGUUGACCGGGGACGUAGACGUGACUAUGGGAGAUGCAUUUUUGAAAGGAUAUAGCGUGCUGAAUGAUUUGCAGUCUGUCCACGAAAACCUGGGCUACUGUCCCCAGUUUGAUGCCAUCAACGACUUUCUUACGGGUCGGGAGCACCUCCAGUUCUACUGCCGCCUACGUGGGAUCCCGGAGAGCGCAAUUCCCAGGGUGGUUCAGUCAGGGAUAGCCAGUCUUGGCCUAACGCAGUACGCAGACAGACCUGCUGGCCAGUACAGCGGCGGGAACAAACGCAAGCUGUCCACAGCCAUCGCCCUCAUUGGAGCACCGUCUGUCAUCUUCCUGGAUGAACCGACGACUGGGAUGGACCCACGAGCCAAGCGUUCCCUGUGGAACUGCAUCCUGGGCAUGAUUAAGGGCGGCAGAUGUGUGGUGCUCACGUCGCACAGCAUGGAGGAAUGCGAGGCGCUCUGUACCAGAAUGGCCAUCAUGGUGAGCGGCUGUUUCCGAUGCCUGGGGAGCGUGCAGCAUCUGAAGAACAGGUUCGGAGAGGGAUACACGAUCAUGCUCCGGGUCUCUGGGACCAAACCGGACUUUCGUCCCCUGGAGAAGUUCAUGAAGGAUUCCUUCCCCAGCAUAGUUCUCAAGGAGAAGCACUACUCCACCCUCCAGUACCAGCUGCCGUUCCACGACUGUUCCCUGGCCAAGAUCUUUGACAUCCUCUCGGCUCACCAGGGCACCUACCACAUUGAAGAAUACUCCAUCUCCCAAACCACCCUGGAUCAGGUGUUUGUACAUUUUGCUAAGGAUGAAAAUGAUGAAGAACAUCUUUGGGGAACCCCCUCUUCAGUCUACCCAACAAACCCGAAGAAUCAUCGAAGAAACCCUUUCUGA